AUGGCUGGAAAGAAGAUUGCUGGUGUCUUGGGCGCCACUGGUUCCGUGGGCCAACGUUUCAUCCUUCUGUUGGCUGACCAUCCUCACUUCGAGUUGAAGGUUCUUGGGGCCUCUUCCAGAUCUGCCGGUAAGAAAUACGUCGACGCAGUGAACUGGAAGCAAACUGACUUGCUACCGGAAUCCGCUAGCGAUAUCAUUGUCUCUGACUGUAAGUCCGAAUUCUUCAAAGAGUGUGAUAUCGUCUUCUCUGGGUUGGAUGCCGACUACGCUGGCGCCAUCGAAAAGGAAUUCAUGGAGGCCGGUAUUGCCAUCGUGUCUAAUGCCAAGAACUACAGAAGAGAGCAAGACGUGCCAUUGAUCGUCCCUGUCGUCAACCCUGAACAUUUGGAUAUUGUUUCUCAAAAGCUGGAAACUGCCAAGGCGCUGGGCAAGCCAAGACCGGGGUUCAUCAUUUGUAUUUCCAACUGCUCCACUGCUGGCUUAGUCGCCCCAUUGAAACCUUUGAUUGAAAAAUUCGGCCCUAUUGACGCCUUGACUACCACCACUUUGCAAGCCAUCUCAGGUGCAGGUUUCUCGCCAGGUGUGCCGGGCAUCGACAUUCUGGACAACAUCAUCCCAUACAUUGGUGGCGAAGAAGACAAGAUGGAAUGGGAAACGAAGAAAAUUUUGGCCCCAUUGGCCGAAGACAAGACUCACGUCAAACUGUUGACCCCAGAGGAAAUCAAGGUCUCUGCUCAAUGUAACAGAGUGGCCGUCUCUGACGGUCACACAGAAUGUAUCUCUUUGAGAUUCAAGAACAGACCUGCUCCAUCCGUCGAAGAACUCAAGACAUGUCUAAAAGAAUACGUCUGUGACGCGUACAAAUUGGGUUGCCAUUCCGCUCCAAAGCAAACCAUCCAUGUCUUGGAACAGCCUGAUAGACCACAACCAAGAUUGGACAGGAACAGAGACAAUGGUUACGGUGUCUCCGUCGGUAGAAUCAGAGAAGACCCAUUGUUGGAUUUCAAAAUGGUCGUCCUUUCACAUAACACCAUCAUCGGUGCCGCUGGUUCUGGUGUUUUGAUUGCCGAAAUUUUACUAGCAAGAAACUUGAUCUAA